UGUAUUUUAUAAAAUUUUCGUCUGACAACACUAGCGCGCUCAGUAGCUGGAGGCAGGAGCGUGCGGGAGGGGAUAGUGGCGUGAUCGCAGUGUGGCACGGGACACCGGCGAGAUAUUCGUGUGCAAACCUGUUUCGGUUUUUGAUCAAAAUGGAUAUUGAAAGACAAGAAGAGCGAAUCCGUGCCAUGUUAGAGGAGGAGCUAAGUGAUUAUUCUGAUGAAUCCAGUUCAGAAGAUGAAACCGAUCACUGUAGUGAGCACGAAGUGAAUUAUGACACAGAAGAAGAGCGGAUAGAUUCAGUUGAUGUUCCAUCCAACUCCAGGCAGGAAGAAGCAAAUGCAAUAAUAGCAAACGAAUCAGAUAGUGACCCCGAUGACGAUUUACCAUUGUCUCUCGUCAGGCAGAGAGCUUCAGCUUCUCGACAAGUGAGUGGCCCUUUUUAUACGUCAAAAGACGGUACCAAGUGGUAUAAAAAUUGUCAACGUCCAAACGUAAGGCUUCGUUCCGAAAACAUCGUAACAGAGCAAGCUCAAGUAAAAAAUAUUGCAAGGGAUGCUUCUACAGAGUAUGAAUGCUGGAAUAUUUUUGUCACUUCAGAUAUGCUACAAGAAAUUUUGACCCACACUAAUUCGUCAAUUCGCCAUAGACAAACCAAAACUGCUGCUGAAAAUUCGAGUGCUGAAACUUCUUUCUACAUGCAAGAAACCACAUUAUGUGAAUUGAAAGCAUUAAUUGCAUUAUUGUACUUAGCUGGCCUUAUCAAAUCUAAUCGACAGAGUUUGAAAGAUCUUUGGCGAACCGAUGGAACUGGCGUUGAUAUAUUUCGCACCACAAUGUCACUCCAGAGAUUUCAGUUUCUGCAAAAUAAUAUUCGUUUUGAUGACAAAUCUACGAGAGAUGAGCGUAAACAAACUGAUAAUAUGGCUGCCUUCAGAAGCAUUUUUGACCAGUUUGUUCAAUGCUGUCAGAAUGCGUACUCCCCAAGUGAGUUUCUGACUAUCGAUGAGAUGCUACUAUCAUUUAGAGGUCGAUGCCUGUUUCGUGUCUACAUUCCAAAUAAACCAGCCAAGUACGGUAUAAAAAUUUUGGCUCUAGUCGAUGCAAAAAACUUUUAUGUCGUGAAUUUGGAAGUGUACGCAGGAAAACAACCGUCGGGACCAUAUGCAGUUAGUAAUAGACCCUUUGAAGUAGUGGAGAGACUCAUUCAACCAGUUGCACGAUCACAUCGCAACGUGACAUUCGAUAAUUGGUUCACCGGAUAUGAGCUAAUGCUGCAUCUACUAAAUGAGUAUCGACUCACGUCGGUUGGAACUGUACGAAAAAACAAGAGACAGAUUCCCGAAUCUUUCAUUAGAACUGACAGACAACCUAACAGUUCAGUCUUUGGGUUUCAAAAAGAUAUUACACUCGUUUCCUAUGCGCCAAAGAAGAACAAGGUGGUUGUUGUUAUGUCCACCAUGCAUCAUGAUAACUCAAUAGAUGAAUCUACAGGAGAGAAACAAAAACCUGAAAUGAUAACAUUCUAUAAUUCGACCAAAGCUGGCGUUGAUGUGGUUGAUGAGUUGUGUGCCAAUUACAACGUUUCUCGCAACAGUAAACGAUGGCCUAUGACUUUAUUCUAUGGUGUCUUGAACAUGGCAGCUAUAAAUGCUUGCAUUAUUUAUCGAACAAAUAAAAACGUUACGAUCAAGAGAACAGAAUUCAUUCGUAGUUUGGGCUUAUCAAUGAUUUACGAACAUCUGCAUUCAAGAAAUAAAAAGAAAAAUAUUCCCACCUACCUCCGCCAGCGAAUCGAGAAACAGCUAGGUGAACCAUCACCAAGACAUGUGAAUGUACCUGGGCGAUAUGUCAGAUGCCAGGAUUGUCCAUACAAGAAGGAUAGAAAAACCAAGCAUUCCUGCAAUGCUUGUGCCAAGCCCAUAUGUAUGGAGCACGCAAAAUUUCUUUGCGAAAAUUGUGCUGAACUCGACAGUAGUCUUUGAUCAUAUUUUUAGUUUAAAAAAAUAAUUAUAUGUUUUAUAAUGAAAAGAAUCUCAUUAUCUUUCAGUAUUAGGUUGAUUUAUAUUCCAAAGAAUAAUAUUUUUGUUAAAUUGUUGAUUUUUGUAAACCUCUAAAUGUUUGUUGCUAAAAUUACUGUGUUUAAGAAAAAGAUUAAUAAAUAAUAAUAAUUUCAUAAUUAAAAA